AUGAGGAAAUCAAAAAGAGAAGGAUAUGGGAAGAGUGAAGACAAGCAAAACAACCAAGAGAAAAAAAACAACCAGCAACAACAGGAGGAGAAGGAACAAAUGCAGUCAAAUAAGCAAAUAAAAAAAAGGGAAGCAACUGAUAACAACAACACUCAAAAGGAAGAACAAUGGCAAACGCAGACCAGGAGGAAGAAUAAGAAUCACACCCAAAACCAUGACCAAGGUAAGACAAUACACUUACAGGAACAGGCACAACAGACCAAAGCAAACCAUGCACAACAGCAAAUGCAGGAAUCAGGUAUGAAGCUCAAAUUUUCUGAUACUAAGCAGGUGGAAUCUAAUGCGCAGACCCCACCAUCCCCAACCCCUGUAAUUGUUGUUGAUGAUCAUUGUGUUGAAAAUGAGACCCCUUCCCCUGAAAUCCCCUUUGUUGUGACUGAGAAAGUUAAUGGAGGGAGGAUGGUUGUGAAGGAGAAACAUACUAACAUGCAGAAAGGGGAACCUAAGGGGAGGGAAUUGUCUCAUGUUAUUCAUGAGAACCCUUUGAUUGACCAUAUGAGUGACCUUCAAACCCCUGCUACCACUAAAAGUUCUGCUCAUCAAACAAAAUAG